AUGGAGUCAGUGUUCGGAUUAGUGGGUAAGGAUUUUGCGAUAGUGGCUGCUGAUACAUCGGCCGUUCAUAGCAUACUCGUACACAAGACUAACGAGGACAAGAUCAUGAUCUUGGAUUCUCACAAGCUCAUGGGCGCCUCUGGAGAGACCGGCGACCGGGUUCAAUUUACAGAGUACAUACAGAAGAAUGUAGCUCUGUACCAAUUUCGCAAUGGCAUUCCUUUGACUACUGCAGCUGCUGCAAACUUCACCAGAGGCGAGCUUGCCACAGCCCUGCGUAAGAAUCCAUACAUGGUGAACAUCAUCCUGGCUGGAUACGAUGAGAAGACUGGCCCAUCUAUGUACUACAUAGAUUACAUUGCUUCCCUUAUCAAGGUUGAUAAAGCUGCAUUUGGCUAUGGGUCCUACUUUGCCCUCUCCAUGAUGGAUAGGCACUACCGUCCGGACAUGACUGUCGAGGAGGCUAUUGAUUUGGUCGACAAAUGCAUAAUCGAAAUUCGGAGCAGGCUGGUUGUGGCACCACCAAACUUCAUUAUCAAAAUUGUUGACAAGGAUGGGGCCAGGGAGUACGCUUGGCGUGAGUCGAUCAAAGAUACCCCUGUUCAUGCUGCUUGA